UGCUGUCGUUUUUUUUUGCAGUUGCUUGUCAAUUUAUAAAUAUUAAACUAAAAAAGAAAGGAAGAUUCUGCAAUAACAAUGUUUUAUCACAUUUCUCUUGAGCACGAAAUUCUGCUACACCCGCGCUACUUUGGUCCUCAGCUGCUGGAGACGGUGAAGCAGAAGCUCUAUUCGGAGGUGGAGGGCACGUGUACUGGCAAAUAUGGUUUUGUGAUAGCUGUAACAACGAUAGAUCAAAUCGGUUCUGGUGUUAUACAGCCGGGACAGGGCUUUGUUGUUUAUCCGGUGAAGUAUAAGGCAAUUGUCUUUCGUCCAUUCAAGGGUGAAGUGUUGGACGCCGUGGUCAAGCAGAUUAACAAGGUUGGCAUGUUUGCCGAAAUCGGACCAUUGUCAUGUUUCAUAUCACACCAUUCCAUUCCGGCGGACAUGCAAUUCUGUCCAAAUGGCAAUCCGCCUUGUUACAAGUCCAAAGACGAGGAUGUCGUUAUCUCAGGUGAAGACAAAAUCCGACUUAAGAUUGUCGGUACACGUGUGGAUGCCACCGGCAUUUUUGCUAUUGGCACAUUGAUGGACGACUACCUGGGAUUGGUCUGUAAUUAAUAAAGGCUUCAGGAAGUUGAAACAGCUUGAUAUACAAUUUAAAUAUAUAUAUAUAUAUUUUUUAAACUUUAAUGAAAUGCAUUUUAGACAGUUUAAUAUCUAGGUGUAUAUAUAUUAUAAAUACUUUAUAAGAUUUGAUUUAAAUUCAAAGGUACGUUACGUUUGUAAUUUAGUACAAUUCUGUGUGGUUGUGUAUUUCUUUUGUAUGUGGUAUAUGGGAGCUACAAAUAUGGAUGGAUAUUUUAAGUAAAUAAAUAGCAAGAGCUACAUU